AUGUCUACAAUAAUAAUCAAUGAAGAUUAUGAUUCAGAUCUAGAACUAUUUGAACAACGUAAUCAUUAGAGUAUUCAUAUUCAUUUAUUUUUAGUUUAAUAAUUAAAACAACAGCAAUUACAAUUUAAAGAAAAGUUACUCUAACAUAUUUAGAAUAAAGAUUAUGAUUGCAAUCUUAUCUCUCCUAUACCAUAUCCUAUGGAUCAACCAAUUAAAGAAAAGAAAUUAAAUCCAGACAAUCUUGUAUAAUUAAAUAAAAGUAAUGAUUUAAUUAGCAAUCGUUCAUAACUUUCCUCAAAUAAUUGUUAUCAAUCCAAAUCUAACAAGAUAAAUUUAAAAGGACACUAUUUAUUGAAAUAAAAUUAUUUGCCCAAAACUCCAAAUACAAAAGGACCAAAUGUUUCUACUACAAAAUCAUAUUGCAAAAACAAUAAAACUAAUUUAAAUAAUAAGAAAUUUCCCUCUAAUAUUUCUACUUGUGAAUAAAAAUCAGCAAGAACUCCAGAAAAAUAAAAAAACUAUAUCGGUAUUUUAUCUCCUUCUCCUUAUAACUCUUGGUUAAAAAGAGAAUAUUAGAAUAAAUCAAAAUAAAAUAAUUUAUCUUCUUUCAUAAAUAAAUCUAUUCAUGUUGAAAAAAAGAAAGAUGCUAAUCACAUAAUUAAAACUGAAGAAAAUAUUCAAAACAAAAAAUAAUGUGAAAAAAAAAUAGAAAAUAAAAUUCCUUCUGAUAAACCAAAAAAAGGAUUUGAAUAAUGGUAUGAUUCAUAAAAGAAAUGGUAAAUGCAUAUUACAAUUUUAGGUUAACUCAAACUGAAGAGAAAAUCUUUAAAUAAAAACUUUAAAUGGAGUAAGAAUUAGUUGAAUAAGAGCAAUUCAGUUAUUCUCCUGAAAUUCAUGAAGGCUCUAGAUUUAUUGUACAAAAGAAAUACAAUAAUGCUAGCUUAUUAGAAAGAUAGAAGUUCUAUCAAGAAGAAUUAUAGUAUAAACAAUAUCAAAAGAAAUUAAGAGAAGAAGAGGAUUAAAAAAUAAAUUAAAUUAGGAUAAGUCCCUUUUCAAGAAAAAUAUUAAGAAGCGCAUCCCCUAAAUCAAAUUGUUCAUUUACAAUAUGUAAUUCUUCCAAUUAAAAUUAUUCAACCAUAAUAAAAAAAUGA